UCCCUACAGUUGUAAAGAACAUCGAAAACAACUCAACCAUGAGCAUCAGAAAUGUUUUAGAGAUAAGAAUAAAGAAACUACCUCACACCUAUAUAUUGAUGUUUCUGAAGAACUUCGACACUUACUUAACACCGAAGUCCCUACGGUUGUAGUCGAACCUCCUGCUAUUAAUACAGAUUCUGAUUCUGACGACCUCUCACCUAUACUUACCACCGAAGUCCCUACGGUUUUAAUUGAACCUCCUAUAAUUGGUACUGAUCUUGAGUUAACUAAUACCCAAAAUAAUCCGAAACCUCGCCGUAGUAAAACUGUACGUCAUGAUAUGGCUAAGUUUUGGAUGAUAGAAAAAGAUCAAAAUAGUGGAUACGCUGCACCGAGAUUUCCCCUUUGCUGUGCCAAUAGCAAAAUACAAUUACUAUCUUUAUUUGAACCCCCACCCUAUCUACUGCAUCUUUAUACUUCAACUAAUCCUAAUGCAGUUGGCUUUC